AUGCAGACGUCGCUCUUGUCAUGGAUAUUGGUCAGCCUUUCAUUGAGCAACCUGGCGCAAUGUUCCGGUCCUCGAUUUUACCCGAAUGACGCUAUCCAGCGUUUCGUCCGAGCGGCUUCCGCUGUGGUCCUCGAGGUUUCCCAGGUAGCCGCGCCAGUUUUGACCGUUUCUUCCAAAGGUGGACUUGAAGUCACCGAUGGAUCUUCGAACGCGUCUGCAGUCAUUGUGCCCAGUGAGCAGCCCGUGUGCCAGGAUAUCCUCGUUAGACACGACUUCAUCGCCUCCUAUGGACAACCUUACGUUGGGCCUUACACUCCGCCGUCGUGUUCCUUUAACAGAGUCACUUGGAACUUGACAGUUACAUCUCGAGGGCGACAGUAUGACCGCCUCGGUACUGUUUCCUUUGGAGACAUUGAAUUGUUUCGAACAUCAACGGCAGAGCCUACCCGAAACGGAAUUGAAUGGACGUACCUCAAGGAUAUGACCAACUUCUUGUCAUUGUUCACAAAAUCACAAACCGUCAUUUUCGAUCUGGGAAACUUGGUGACUGACGUUCUAGACGGGACCUUCAACGUCACUUUGACGGCGGCAUAUUUCACAGCGGACUCUGUUGUGCAGCCAGCGGACUUGAUCAUCCCAGUCUCAAAGCGUCAAGGCUCCCAGGGCCAACCGAGUCUUUUCAGUGUCCCCUCGGAUAUCGCAUCCAAUGUCCUUACCUUGCCGCGAAACAUCCAAAAGGCCGUGUUCACUAUUUCCUCCACUGGGCAAGCAGACGAAGAGUUCUGGUGGAGCAAUGUGCCCCAAUCUCGCGUCAACACCUACGAGUCCACCGUCGGCACGCUCUUUGGCUAUUCACCAUUUCGUGAAGUCCAGCUAUUUAUUGAUGGUACACUCGUUGGCGUGGCUUGGCCGUUCCCGAUUAUUUUUACCGGCGGUAUUGUCCCUAGUCUUUGGAGACCCAUUGUCGGCAUCGACACUUUCGAUUUGAAAGAGGACGAGAUUGACAUUACCCCUUGGCUUCCGAUUCUGUGUGACGGUCGCUCGCACAAUUUUACCAUUGGCGUCUCCGGCCUGAAUGACGACGGCACUGGCAAUGCCGCUCUAUCAGGUCGAGUUGGCUCCACUUGGCUCGUCACCGGAAAGAUCUUUGUGUGGCUCGACAAAGCAGGCCACGUCACAUCUGGCAGUGCGCCAUUGCAGCUUGCUCCACAACCCUCGUUUCACGUCAGCUCAUCUAUCUCGCAGACCUCUGCCGGGGUCAACGAUACACUUUUAUAUACCGUCACGGCAGAGCGCACGCUUUCCUUUACCUCGACCUUGUUGCUCUCGACAGGACCCCGGCUUGCUAGCUGGAAUCAACGCCUCGCCUACUUAAACAAGGGAAACGUUACCAAUCAGGCCUCAUUGCAGACCAAUGAUCAACAGACGACCGGUCAAGAUCUCUCAUCGAAUGGCUACGCCCGCAAAUUCAGCUAUCCGCUCUACGUUGAGAGCAGUCAAAUCGGUAAUCCAGAUGGCUUUACACUUGCUGCAGACAUCCGCCGCUCCAAAUCGAUCGACAGUCUAGGCCGCUUGGUCUUCCCGACAGGCCAAGAAACAUUCUCCAGCGACAUGGCCAAAUCAGCACUAUCAUUUGACGGCACGUCAGCUCAAACGACUCAAAAUGGCACAGCAUAUUAUGCUGCUAACAACACUGCCGGCACCGGCUUUAGCUUCGGCACCACGACGCAAAGCUUCUCACUCGAUGGUCUACAUAUUGCUGCCGGCUCUCUACUCAAGACGACUUUCCCGAGCAUCACCGGGAGCGAUGAGCUCUUCUCGCGGAAUGUCAAAGCUGUGAAUGGGACUAUUGUUGCAGAUCAGGAGACUCUGCUUGGAAAACAAUUUUCGACGCCGGUGUUGCCGGGAAUUGCAGAGGUUAAUAAUGACGUCCAUGACUUUGUGUUGAGCGGAGUACCUGGUCGUGGAAAGUUGGUCCAUCAUGUGCAGUUGUGA